AUGGGGUCUCUAGGACCCUUGGCACAGUCUGGCCCCAGUGGCCAGGAUCUCACAGAUGUUUCCUCCCGAAGUGUCAGUUCUGCUGAUGGUUCCCUCUUUCUUGUCUCCAGGAUGGCAUCAGGCAGGGUGCGCUGCACCCGAAAGCUCCGGAACUGGGUUGUGGAGCAAGUAGAGAGCGGAAAGUUCCCAGGGGUAUGCUGGGAUGAUAAAGCUAAGACCAUGUUCCGGAUUCCUUGGAAACAUGCAGGCAAGCAGGACUUCCGGGAGGACCAGGAUGCUGCCUUCUUCAAGGCCUGGGCAAUGUUCAAGGGAAAGUACAAGGUGGGAGACUCAGAAGGCCCUGCCACUUGGAAGACUCGCUUGCGCUGUGCCCUUAACAAGAGUCCUGAAUUUGAGGAGGUUCCUGAGAAAGGACAUAUGGAUGGGGCUGAGCCCUACAAGGUCUAUCGGUUGCUGCCACCAGGAACCCUUCCUGCUCAGCCAGGCACCCAGAAAUCACCAUUAAAGCGAUGCCACAGUUCCAUGUCUUCUGAGAGGGAGGAGGAUGAGGAUACCAUGAAGAGCUGUGUACUCAGCCCCUUAUUGCUCCAGGACCCCAUCAAAAAUGAGAAGGGAGCCAGUGAGAGAACAGACCAUUCAGACACAGGGAGCAGUAGCAAAAGCAGCAGCAGCAGCAGCAGCAGCAAUAGCAACAGCCCUAAGCCUCAGGAAGGCACAGAUGCAACUGAGACCCCUUUUCAAAGGGAUCAGGUGUUCCUGGAACUUCUGCUUCCUCCAGACUCAGACUACUCGCUGCUGCUCACCUUCAUCUAUAAUGGGCGUGUGGCUGGGGAGACCCAGGUGCACGGCCUGGACUGUCGCCUUGUGGCCGAGCCCUCAGGCUCCCAGAGCAGCAUGGAGCAAGUGAUUUUCCCCAAGCCUGACCCACUGGAGCCCACACAGCGCCUGCUGAGCCAGCUCGAGAGGGGCAUCCUAGUGGCCAGCAACCCCCAAGGCCUCUUCGUGCAGCGCCUCUGCCCCAUCCCCAUCUCCUGGGAUGCACCGCAGACCCCUCCUGGUCCAGGCCCACAUUUGCUGCCCAGCAACGAGUGCGUGGAGCUCUUCAAAACAGCCUACUUCUGCAGAGACUUGGCCAGGUACUUCCAAGGCCUGGGCCCCCCACCCAAGUUCCAAGUAACACUGAAUUUUUGGGAGGAGAGUCCUGGCCCUAACCAUACCCCACAGAAUUGUAUUACAGUACAGAUGGAGCAGGCCUUUGCCCGGCAUUUACUGGCGGGGACUCUAGAAGAGCAGUCAGCCACUCUGUCCCUGAUGCAGAGCCUGGGGGACCCCCCUGUCUCCUCACCUCUUCUCCUCCUCUCUCCUUUAGAUAGAGCCAUUCUCAACACUGGUGACCUGGCUUCCUCUGUGUUAAUUCUCAGUGAUUGUGUGUAA